GUUUGUGUCUCAUCCACAUUGGCAGGAGGACUCAAGACCCUGGGCAAAGGUAGUGCAAGCUAAAGGUGUUUGGAGCUAUGGCUGAAAACGCAGCAGAUUGCGAGUUUCCACAAAGGCGACUCGGACCCAAAGAGAGCCGCAACGGUAGUUUUAAAGAUGCAUCAGUCAGAGAAAGACGGCAGCAAGAACGAGAAGAGCGUCUCUCUCUGGUGCUGUGGAGAAAGCCCCUCCAGACGCUGCAGUAUUCUUUCUUAGAGACACUCGUCACUUUGAAGGAGUGGACAUGGAAGCUCUGGUACAGAAGAUAUUCGGUGUUUUUCGUCCUAGUGCUUUUUUCAGUCUUCACAACGGCCUACUCAAUAGAAGGAGCACAUCAAACGUAUGUACAGUACAUGGAGAAGAAGGUCCUGUGGUGUGCCUACUGGGUAGGCUUGGGGAUUUUGUCUUCAGUAGGCCUUGGUACAGGUCUUCACACUUUCCUUCUUUACCUGGGCCCACACAUAGCCUCUGUCACACUGGCCGCGUAUGAGUGUGGCUCUGUGAACUUCCCCGAGCCGCCAUACCCGACUCAGAUUGUGUGUCCAGAGGAGGAAGGGGUGCCGGACAGUGUGUCCCUCUGGACCAUUAUGUCUAAGGUCCGGCUAGAGGCCUGCAUGUGGGGAGCUGGUACUGCUAUUGGAGAACUCCCUCCAUAUUUCAUGGCACGAGCGGCCCGGCUUUCCGGAUCUGAACCGGAUGAUGAGGACUAUGAGGAAUUUGAAGAGAUGCUGGAACAAGCAGAGAGCGCACAGGACUUUGCAACAAGAGCGAAACUCGCUGUCCAAAACAUGGUUCAGAAAGUAGGAUUCUUGGGAAUCCUGGCCUGUGCCUCAAUCCCAAAUCCUCUGUUUGACCUAGCUGGUAUUACAUGCGGCCAUUUCCUGAUCCCGUUUUGGACCUUCUUUGGAGCAACACUAAUCGGAAAAGCAGUUAUCAAGAUGCACAUUCAGAAACUCUUUGUAAUCAUAACGUUCAGCAAGCACAUAGUGGAGCAGAUGGUCUCUCUGAUCGGGGCCAUACCCGGGGUUGGAGUUUCCUUACAGAAGCCUUUCCGUGAAUAUCUGGAAGCGCAGCGAGCUAAGCUUCAUCACCCAGCUGGGGAUGGAACACCUGCGGGUGAGAACUGGCUCUCCUGGGUCUUUGAGAAAGUGGUGCUCGUCAUGGUCUGCUAUUUCAUUUUGUCCAUCCUAAAUUCCAUGGCACAGAGCUAUGCCAAGCGGCAGCAGCAGAAGAAGCACUGCGAAGAGAAAACCAAGUGAUAGACUCACAGGAAAUCAUCUCAGGCUCCCAUUUUGGAAACAAAGGAGUAUUUAACCCCUGAAUAGACGGAAUGGGCAUUAAUUUAACACGUGCUUCUUUGUGUACUAUUAUGUUGUAUCCCUUCAAUAUCCCCACCCCACCCCACUUUGUCUGUAGCACUUACCUAUUAAAAUCAGAUGUUAGAACUUUGUGGUUUUUACCUCUGCAGGAGAUGUACAGGAGAUUAAUAGAGACUGUAGACGGUAAUACUUGUUGCAAAAGCCUUAUGCAACAUUGCAGGGUCAUGCUUCCAUUGAACUGAAUACAGUUUGCUCAUGUAGAAUAAUUUAUUUCAUUUCUGUGUUAACAGUAUGACUGGGCAGGGUUACUUUUGUGAGACUGGUGAGGCAGAGUGUGUUUUUCAGGGGCAUGUUUUUUUAAACAUGGUCUGAUGGCAAUUUUCUUUUUCUUACACAGGGACAGCAAUAUCAAAAACAAACAAAAGAAAUCUGUAUGGCUUCUUAAUCGCCACUGCACAUUAUGUAAAUAAUUUGUGUUUUAACAUAGUUUAUGGAAGUCUUAAACAGACUUUCUGCCAUAAUGUGACAAAACUGAUGUUAUUUAAAUCUGGUUAAGAAUUAGCCUAGCCUCAUGUACCAUGCAUAUUAGACAUUUAACUUUAUAAACUGCCCCGAUUUAUGGUUUUCUUUCUGUCUUAAUACGUUUUAUGUGAAGCUAAAACUUGUAGGUCUUUCUUAGACCUUGGUUUAAUUCUGUUCUGACAUUAAAAUGAAGUAAUGCAUCA